CAAAAGAAGGUGGUCUUGAAUUGGGUCAAAGAAUUCGGCAUGCGAAGCCUUCCCUCACUCGGCACAAUGAAGAAGUAUCAGAGUUAUUUGCAGGAUCUCAUAGGAGAUUCAACCAAGAAGGUCAUGUCUCACUCUGGAAACAUGUUUUACAUCAAUAGUGUUGCGAGAGCAAUUGCAAAGGACUAUGCUAAUCCCCUCACUUGUCUUGCAAUGCAAGACUAUCCAGAGGAUGAUGGAAAGAGGAUGUCACAAGUAUUCAAUGGGAGUAAAAUGUUGUUUGAUCUCCCAUCACUGCCAGCAGUUCAGGUAGACAGGACCAUGUAUUUUAUGGACGAACUGUUGCAGGAGUCUUUAGGAGGCUAUUUCAUCCCAAAACUAUUCUUUCUGGCUGCUGCUGACAUCCCCACCAAUACCACUGAAUCCUGCAAACAAUCAGAUAAAGGUCAUCUAUGUAAUGUAUACUGGUGCUCAAAUGUGUAUCAGGCCAGGUUCAUUGUAAGUGACAAUGAGGAGAUUAUCCCAAUGUCUAUGUUUGUACGAUCAUUUGGAGAUAUUGUGGGCUCACAUGUAUGUUUGGUUCUACUUUCAUUAGUAACUAUAAGACUAAAGCAUGUCAUAGCAUCUUCCGUUAGAUAUGUGUCACUUUCACCCAAUCCACUGCGAGAAAAGUCAAAAGGUCAAAUGGUGUAUACUGUUCCCUCAAUCAUCAUGGAUGAUGUGUCAGGCAAUAUAUUGAGGCAGUGGAACAAACGCCACGAUAUAUACAUGUCUAAUGCAAAUUUGCCUCAAGAGAUGCUCGAAAAAGAAUUCUUUGUGCAAUUUGUUUCAUCCUCCCCUCAUGCACCACCCAUGGAAUUGAUGUGA